AUGUUAUAUCAUCCCGACAAAGCUAAUAUUGUUGCUGAUGCCCUUAGCUGGAAGUCCAUAGGCAGUCUAAGCCAUGUUGAAGCUAAUAAGGUCAAGAUGACCAAAUAUCUAUGCCAGUUAGCUAGUUUGCAGAAUACGGAAAAAUCUUCUUUUGUUACUGAAGUGAAAGAGCGACAACACGAGGAUCCUGAGCUUAUAAAACUGAGGGAAAGUAUUCCACAGCAGCAACAACCUUUAUUUGAGCUAACUGGAGAUGGAGUCCUUAGAUACCAGGGCCGCUUAUGUGUACCGUCAGUAGGAGAGAUUCGUGCCACGAUUCUUUUGGAGGCCCAUUAUUCUAGCUAUGCAGUUCAUCCCGGAGCGACAAAGAUGUAUCGGGACCUUCGACAGAUCUAUUGGUAG